GGAGUUGGGAUUAGAGCAUGAGCGCGGAUCAAUGAUGGUUUAUUUAUAUUUAUUAGCAACGGUGUUGUGUUUUAUUCAUCAUGGAAAUGCGCAAGAAGCAGAUGAUUGUUUUCCCACUGAAUGGCUGAAGUCUCUGGUCAUUUCUGUGAACAUUUCCAAAGCUGGAUUUCACAGAGAUCUGGAGUACAGUGUUUACUGGAGUGAAACAGAUCAUGACGUGAAAGCUUUACUAGUGCAGAAGAUGCCGAGUGGAGUUUACAUGGAUGAAUAUCAGCUGGAGACUCUGAGACAUGACACAGGCUUGGAGGUUCUCCUGGACUCAAAGGUGGAUCUGGAAGCUCCGGAGUAUUUGUCGUCUGGUUUCACGGCGCUGGUUUUUCUCUCUGGUAAUGCGGUGACUGUUCCGGUUCACGGCCGCUAUCACAGACCCUCAGACACACACAGCCAUGUGACGGUGGACAUCCAGCCGCCCAGACUCCUGCUGAGAUCAGACCAGUGUACGUCAAUCCUCAUAUCAACAGAUUCAGAAGGUGAGACUCCCAAUGCUCAACAUACAGUGGUUGAAGCUCCAUGUACAUUCAGAAACGAGAGCUUCUGCUUAUGGCUGGAGAUACAGGACCUGAAGGGAAGCGCUGGAGUGAGUCUGGAGCUUCCGGUGGGAGAUUCUUCAAAGACGACGUGUGUGUGUGUCGUGACUUUACUGACCACCACACUGUGCUGCGUUUACCUCCUCAUUGUUAUCUGGAGACACGGCACUUUCUGACCAAUCACACGACAGCAAGAGCCAAAACAACGUUAAAAUACUGGAUUAAUGAUAAGUUAUUAGUGCAGAUUGUGUGAGAGGGAAUAAAACGGAUUGUGACUUUCUUUUUUAAA